AUGUCCUUCCUUGUCGUUCCCCUCCUCAAAUUCGGCGUCUCCAAGGCCAAAAAACACCACGACGCCAAGAAACAAGCCAAACAAGGCGAGCAAUUCCAACAAUCCGGCAAUGCCUUCUCCUACGGACCUGAUGCACCCAUCCACAUGGCCAACUACCCAUCCAACGUCGGUCCUGGCGCCGACCUCCACUUCCCACCUCCAGCCAAGGACUCCACAAGCACAAGAACCAAGAUCAUGGGCAUGUUCAUGUCCGCCGUACGAUUCCUGCAGCUCGUCUUUGGAUUGACCGUUCUCGGCCUAUAUGGUCGAGAUGUGCAUCAUGACCACGAGAAUGGGGAGAAAGCACGCGCCAGGUGGGUGUUUGCUUUGAUCACGGCGUUUCUGGCCACGCUUACGGCGGGUAUCAGUUUGGGACUGCCCUUUCUGAUGAGUCGGAUGAGAUCGUCUUCUUUAUCUUCUGCUAGGGCCAGAAGCACCACGUUGAUACUUCCUCGAUUUGUGUGGGAGUUUGUCCUGUGUGUUUUGUGGUUGACGCUGUUUGGCAUCUUUGGGAAAAUGUACAUUGGGGUUUAUCCUGUUACCCAGCAUUCCUCGGGCAAGCAAGUGCCUGAUGGGGAGAGUACAAGCAGCUCGUCGGUGGUGAUUUCACCGCUAGGUGAUGCUGCGAAGAUCAACCGCAUGCGUCAUGCAGUCUGGAUUGACUUGGUGAAUCUCUUAAUGUGGGUGGGGACUGCGGCGUUUGUGUUGCUGCGCUGGUUGAAGAGUCGACGGGUCGAAAGCGGGGAUGAGGCCAUGGAUGCUGAGAAGGCUGAUCAGUUUUGA